ACUACGGCAAAUACGUAUCUCCGGUUCAGUCGUCUUCAACCGGCCACCCAGCUCUGCCGUUGUGUCGUCCCACAUGACGAGCUUGUUCUGUGGCUCACUCGCUCCGUGUUCUCUUGCGGGCGCAAUUACAAGGUGAUUUUCUUCGUCUCACUGAGUCAUGAAGUGCCGGAGCGUAGCGUGCAUAUGGACCGGAACGCCUCUGUCGCACAGAGUUACCGCCACUGCCGUGUUGAGCCACCCUCCGACUCUCUACACCGGCGGAUCUGAUGGCUCAAUUAUCUGGUGGAACUUAUCCUUCAGCGAUUCCAGCUCGGAAAUUGAACCGGUUGCUGUAUUGUGUGGCCAUGCUGCGACAAUAGUCGAUCUUGGCAUUUGUUAUCCUCUUAUCUCGGGGACGAGUGAGACAGAAAUUUCAAGUAAUGCCGAGGUGAACUCAACUUCAGAAACUUGUGGUGCAUUAGUAAGUGCGUGUUCUGAUGGUGUGCUGUGCAUUUGGAGCAGGAGAAGUGGACAUUGCAGGCACAGAAGAAAACUACCUGCUUGGGUUGGGAGUCCAUCCAUGGUGCGUACGAUUCCGUCAAAACCAAGAUAUGUAUGCAUUGGAUGCUAUUUUAUUGAUAAUGCUCAUUCGUCUGAUCACCACUCGGUUGAUCACACUGAAAGGAGUGAGGCUUCAGCCAAUAAAGAGUAUCGCCAUAGAAACCAUUCCAAAUGCUCUUUCGUUAUCUUUGAUACGUAUACACUUUCCAUUGUUCAAACUGUGGUGCAUGGAAAUUUGUCUAUUGGCUCAUUGAGGUAUAUGGCCAUCGUCUCACCAUUAACAGGUGAGGGGAAUCAUUCAGCAGUUUUAGUUGAUUCAUUUGGUCGGCUGCAGAUGGUUUCAACAUCUAACUACCAAGAUAAAGUGGAUGAGGCUAGCUUGCACAAUAGUUCGCAAGUGGAUAUUUCUAUUUGGGAUGAGGUAUUAAGUGAGAGAGGUCUGGUUUUGUCAGUUGCAACCAAACGCAAUAUUAUUGCCUUUUUGUUGCCUGAUCGUUGUGUGUUUAAGCUUUUAAUCAACGGUCUCAUGGUUGGAGAGCUUUUUUUUACGGACAUUCUUUUUGGUGUUAAUGAGGUCACCUCGCAAACUCAUGCUGCUGGAGCAAUGUUUCUUGAGGGUGGUGAUGAAUUGAAUAACAUGGAUAGCCAGACAUGCCCUGAAACAUUUGUUGAGAAAUUUGCUGUGUGGAAUUCUGGAGGUCAUGCAAUCGUAUAUAUGAUAUCAUUUGCAAAUAACACAUUUGAAUACAAACUUCUUUAUGAAAUUCCUGCAUCUUUUAAUUCCUCAGAUGUGAGACUAUCAAUAUCUUUCAUUCAGCUAAAUAAACAUGUCAUCCGCAUCGAGUCACUUAGCUCUCAAAUUGAAGAGCCUUAUCAUUGGACUUCUAGUAUUACGAUCUGGUCACUACAAGAGAAACAUCAUGUUCAUGGAAAUUCGUACCUGAAAUGCAAAAUGGUUGGUGAAUCUAGUUCAUUGGCAGAGUGGAUUUCAGAUUCCACUUGCUACAGUGAAUUCGUAGGGCAAUAUGGUGUAGGAUCUGAGUUGAAUUCUCAGCGCUUGUCUGAUUCUAGUUCCGGAAGUGUAAAUGAUUUAUAUUUAGGUGGUGGUAACAAUUUUGUGCAGAAGGGACAAAUAAUAUCUUCUUCUAUGGUUAUUUCUGACAGUUUAUCUACUCCUUAUGCAGUUGUUUAUGGCUACUUUAGUGGCGAUAUACAAAUUUUAAAGCUUGAUUUGUUCCAAGAUCUCCCUUCUCAUAGUGGAAGUCCACACUGUGAAGUGAAUCAUCAUGUACCACAACUAUAUCUUUCCGGACACAUGGGACCUGUACUUUGUUUGGCAGUUCAUCGAAUAAUGGGCAAAGGUAACGAACAAGUUCUUUUAUCUGGAAGUAUGGAUUGCACCAUUCGGAUAUGGGAUCUUGAAUCUGGGAAUCUUAUCAUGGUAAUGCACCACCAUGUGGCUCCUGUGAGGCAGAUAAUUCUUCCUCCUGCUCAUACUGACCAUCCUUGGAGUAGUUGUUUUCUUUCAGUUGGGGAGGAUUCUUGUGUUGCACUUGCUUCCUUAGAGACUUUAAAGGUGGAGAGAAUGUUUCCUGGACAUCGCAACUAUCCUGAAAAAGUUGUGUGGGAUGGUGUAAGAGGGUAUAUUGCAUGCAUGUGCAGUAACCAUUCCAGUACAUCUGAUACUGUGGAUAUAUUGUAUAUUUGGGAUAUCAAGACAGGUGCUCGUGAGCGGAUUAUUCCUGGGGAAGCUUCUCACUCAGUGUUUGAUUAUUUUUGUAAAGGAGUUGGCAAGAGUUUGUCUGGCUCUGUUCUGAAUGGAAAUACCUCUGCUUCAUCUCUAUUCUAUACAAUAGUCGAAGAUGGGAGUCUUAAUGAUUCUGUUUCAAGCUAUGGUCAGUCCACCGAUACAUUAGAGGCAAUGGCACAUCUGACGAACAAGGUAGAGUCGGGCAUGUCCAAUGGACAUGCUAGAAUACAGAACUCUGCUAAAUCAUUUCUAAACUCUCUCUAUAAUUCUGAGAGUGAACAGCAUCCUAUUAAGUGCUCAUGUCCAUUCCCUGGGAUUGCUACAAUAAGCUUUGAUCUUAAAGCAUUAAUGUCUUUCAAUCAGAAGGCCAUGUCAAUGGUAAAUAGAAAUAAUAUCGAAGAUACUGCAGUUCCGAAGGAUCAGCAAGCUAGGAUGUCAAGUCCCAACGCCAAGGAUAAUAAAAUGGAUGAUCCUUUGGCCCAUGAAAUUUCAACUGAAUAUAGUGAAGAGCUUAACUGGAUUAGUUCAUAUGAAGAAUGUUUAAUUCGGUUCAGCUUGUCCUUUUUGCAUGUAUGGGGUGUUGACAGUGAUCUUGACAAUUUACUAGUAACUGACAUGAAGUUGAAAAAACCAGAGAGCUUUAUUGUAGGUUCUGGUUUGCAGGGGGAUAAAGGUUCAUUAACAGUGACAUUUCGUGGUUUGAAAGCUGUUCUUGAGCUUUGGAAGUCAUCCGCUGAAUUUUGUGCCAUGAGGUCACUCAUGAUUCUGUCUCUUGCUCAACACAUGAUUAGCUUGUUUCACUCAGGUUCAUCUGCCAGCAGUGCGCUGGCAGCUUUCUAUAUGAGGAAUUUUGUGGACAAGGUUCCAGAUAUAAAGCCACCUUUACUUCAGCUUUUAGUGAGCUUCUGGCAAGAUGAAAGUGAACAUGUCCGUAUGGCUGCUCGCUCUUUGUUCCAUUGUGCAGCUUCACGUGCAAUUCCACUACCACUAAGAGGUAGAAGGUCAACCGAACAUGGAGGUCUGAGUGAAAUUGGAGAUAGUGACAAUGAACUCGAUUGUUUGAACGUGAAUGAGAAGUCUGAUAAUGUAAUAUCUUCUGCCUGCAUUCCUAAAAGUGAAGAGGUCUCUCAGGUUGAGGAAUUCAGUGUACGCAACUGGUUAGAAACUUAUGAAAUACAAGAUUGGAUUUCUUGCGUUGGGGGAAAGAGCCAAGAUGCACUGACUUCUCAUCUAAUAGUUGCAGCAGCACUAUCCAUUUGGUACCGCAGUCUUGUGAAGAAAAUCCUACCAAUGCUGGUUGUUCAUUCCUUAGUAAAGUUGGUAAAGUCCAUGAAUGAUAAAUAUAGUUCCACUGCUGCAGAGCUCCUUGCUGAAGGUAUGGAUAACACAUGGAAAGCUUGUCUGGGUAAUGAAAUUCCUCAUCUCAUCGAAGAUGUAUUACUCCAGCUGGAAUAUGUAAGUGGUCCAUCUGCAAAUCAGUUGGUUCAAAAUUCAGCUCUUCCUGUGAGCAUACGGGAGACUUUGGUUGAAGUUCUUCUCCCAAAUCUGGCAAUGGCUGAUAUACCUGGAUUCUUGACAAUAAUAGAAAGCCAGAUUUGGUCUACUGCAUCUGAUUCACCUGUUCAUCUGGUGUCACUUAAGACACUGAUCAGGGUUGUGCGUGGUUGUCCUAGAAACCUGGCACCAUAUCUUGACAAGGCUGUUAACUUCAUUUUGCAAAUCAUGGAUCCCAGCAACUCAGUCUUGCGUAAAAUUUGUUAUCAGAGCUCAAUGGCUGCUCUAAAGGAAGUGGUGCAUGUCUUUCCUAUGGUAUCAUUAAAUGAUUCAUGGACCAGAUUGGCAGUUGGUGAUGUUAUUGGAGAGAUCAACAGUGCUAGCAUUCGUGUGUAUGAUCUACAGAGUGUGACAAAGAUUAAGGUUUUGGAUGCGAGUGGACCUCCUGGACUUCCAAGUUUGCUUGCUGCAGGUUCAGAAAAGGCAGUAAGGACCUCAAUAUCAGCUUUGAGCUUUUCCCCUGAUGGAGAGGGUGUGGUUGCCUUUUCUGAACAUGGCUUAAUGAUCCGAUGGUGGUCAUUGGGAUCUGUAUGGUGGGAGAAACUAAGCCGCAACUUUGUUCCUGUUCAAUGCACCAAAGUGAUAUUUGUUUCUCCAUGGGAGGGAUUCUCGCCCAAUUCUUCGAGGUUAAGUAUAAUGGCAAGUGCAACAGACUCAUCUGAUAGGCAAGCAGAUGUGCAGGACUACGUAAGGGAUUUGAGUCAUGCAGACAUUUUGAAGAUUUUGAUUCAUAGUCUCGAUCUUUCUUAUCGGCUAGAAUGGACUGGCGAACGGAAACUUCAACUCACACGGCAUGGAAAUGAGUUGGGAUCUUUUCAAAUAUAAGCGUACUUUUGUGCAAACCAGUUGGCAAGGCCCUCAAGGAAACAUCCUUGAACAUUCAGACUAGGAAGUCUCUUAAAAGUUAAAAACCAUCAUGAAUUUCCUAGUUUCCAUCCUCUUGCUUGCUUACCACUAGUUCAAGGCUUUCGGGCUGUGGUUCUGUAUUUCCUGAUUAAGUCGGCCCACGCGCAACAUGAAGAAUUUAAAAGGCGUCUGUCUUCUUGUGGCCUUCCCAGGAUAUAUCUUCAAUUGUUGCUUCUUUGAGGGAGAAAUGAAAGAAAAGAAUCUGAUAUGCAUUUUUCUGGUAUGAUCAUGUUAUCAAUUCAUCACUCUUAAAGAUUUUCGAUUUUUUCUCCUCAUGUAUUCCCAGUCUUCUCAAGAUCGACUUUCUUCGAGUCUCCACGGGUAGUAAUUGCUAUUUUUGCAUAGCUUUGGUUACAAUAUUGUAUUUAAUUUAUAUGUUUUAGCAGCUUGUUUAUAAAAGUUGCAUGUAAUGUUGUCUUGUUUUUGUCUGUGAAACCCAAACCUUAUUAUUUUAGAGAGGAAGUUACCAUAGAGCUGUGUUGGGUAAUCCAUUCAAUAUGGAACUGAUGUUGCUGCUUUAUUUUUCCUUUCUACUUUUUCUCCAUUGGCUUA